UAACACGCCAUUUUCUUUGUGUGAAGUGCUGACCGAGAAGAAUUCCACUUACUGUUUUCUAUCUAAUUCAAGUUCACAAUGGCUUCUCGUAAGAAACUAUUGCUUAAGGUUGUUAUCCUUGGGGAUUCAGGAGUUGGUAAAACUUCUCUUAUGAAUCAGUAUGUAAACAAAAAAUUUAGCAAUCAAUAUAAAGCUACUAUAGGUGCAGAUUUUCUUACCAAAGAAGUAAUGGUAGAUGGUAGGAUAGUUACUAUGCAGAUUUGGGAUACCGCUGGCCAAGAAAGGUUCCAGUCUUUAGGCGUUGCUUUCUACAGAGGUGCUGAUUGUUGUGUACUUGUAUUUGAUGUUUGUGCACCAAGUAGCUUCAAAUCUUUAGAUUCAUGGAGAGAUGAAUUUUUGAUCCAAGCUUCCCCUCGGGAUCCAGAUAAUUUUCCAUUUGUUGUACUUGGAAAUAAACUUGAUUUAGAAUCUGAAAUUAGAAAUUCCAGACAGGUUUCCACUAAAAGAGCACAACAGUGGUGUGUGUCUAAAAAUAAUAUUCCAUAUUUUGAAACUAGUGCUAAAGAGGCCAUUAAUGUUGAACAAGCCUUCCAAACGAUAGCAAAGAAUGCUUUAGCUCAAGAAAGUGAGGUGGAAUUGUAUAAUGAAUUUCCAGACCAAAUUAAAUUGACCAAUGACCAAAGAAAUAAUGGCAAGGGUGAUUCUUGUGCCUGCUAGGUCUUGGAGUGAUGAAAAUUUUGAACAAGUACAUAGAUGCACAGGUCAGAUCGUACAUUCGCGUACCUGCGCAUUUUAAGAAAUAUUACAUCGAGCUUGAUGUGUUUCGGAAGUCCUAAGCA